AUGGACGGAGGAUACGAGCGGAGGCACCAGGACCACAACGUGUCGGGGAAUGGUGGUCCGCUGUCUGUGAUUUCUGAAGGAAUGGCGGAAAACACUCCUGCACAUACGAGCCUCACACCGGCGGAGCGCCGAGAGCAUUCACGCAAGACAUCCAAUAUCCAUACGCGCAACUUGUCCGCCUUCUUUCCGCGCCCCGGCACGGAUGCAGAGCGUGAGUACCACGCCGAGGCAGCGAGUACCCAGCCCCCGUCUCCUGCAGGCGUUACGAUGGCGGGCGCCUCGGGCGAAGAAUCAUCGUCGUCCAAACAACGGCGCAACGCGCGCCAUGUCCGGCGCGCGAGCUACCUGAUGACGGACAAGACGGGGAACGUGGACGUUUCAAGACGCAUGCCGUCCCAGCUUCCAGCAUUGUCCCCUUCUCCCACUCAGCUAUACUCUCCUGAUAUGGACAAGAGCCGCAAAGUGUCGGAUGCGCGCGCGUUAUCGGGCGCCUUUCCGAGCAUUUCGCGCUCCGUGUCGGACGCAUGGGGGGAUUCUUCCAUGCAAAGCAAUGGAGGCAACUAUGCGCCUGAGGUCGUGGGGGGCGCAAGUGGCCAGCAAGCGCUGCCCAUGACCGUUGCACUCGGGCCGCUUGCCCUGUUUUGCAGUGCCUAUGUCGUGAUUGGUGCCGCACUAUGGGUCCUUGGUCUCGUCCGUGACUCACUCGCACUGGUGGGCUUGGGUUUCCUGCUAGUCUUUGACGCGCUGGGACUUCUUUCAACAGCCUGGAUGCAAGUGCUGGACACUGCACGCCGGAGUCAAGUGGACGCUGCGCGCCAAUCCACGCUGGCUGCUUCUGCACCCGCGUCUACCACAAGCAUCAAACGUCCGUUUGGGCUGCGCCGCCUCGAGACACUCCUCGACUUUUCGCUGGUGGUCUACUUGCUCUUUGCGGGUAUCUAUAUGUGCAAAGAGAAUGUGGAACAUGCCUUGCUGGCAGCAAGUGUACCGCACGAAGAAGACCGCGAGGGUAUCGUGCUGCCCACGCUUCUUCUGAUUCUCGCCAUCCUCAUUGCACUCUUUACCACGGUCGCACUCCGCAACCACGCACGGCUUGCCGCUGCCUGUGGCAUGAGCAUCGAGAGCAACGUGGGCCUCGACGGGAUGCAAGGACGCAAACUCCGUCAUUCGCGGCAUACUUCAGUGCUCCCUGUACCUGCUCUGGCCUCGGGACCUCUGUAUGACGCAUUGACGAACCCAUUCUCUGCAAUGGUGCUCUUUUUCCCUUGCGCCUUGCUCCUGGCGUCUAUUUCUGUCCCUCCGACCCAGGUUGCAUCGCUGGAUAAGGUGCUGGCUGGUCUGGAGGGCGCCAGUAUGAUGUACGUCGCAUCGUGUGCCUUGUCGCCCCUGUGCAAGGUGCUGCUGCAAGCCGCGCCAUCCUCCAAGCUCCCCCAGAUCACGCAGCUCCAUCGGAGCCUCAACAUUGUGGAGAACCACCCUACUGUGGCUCGGAUCGCGUCGGUCAAGGUCUGGCAGCUGACGCUUCCGUCGCUAUCGUAUACUAAGGCGGGUGCUGGCACCGAGGGACGCCCGGGAUUGGCGGGUAUCAUGUCGAUGAAGCAAGGCGCCAAGACCGCGUCGCUCAUUGUCACUGUACACGUUGAACUGCGUCGCGAAGCCUCGGAUGCCGAAUGCCAGGAAUUGACGCGUUUCGCAUGGCAGCAAUGUGCGCCAUUGAUUGGUGCAGGACCCCAUGUUGAGCCUGGCGAGCCGCUGCGUGGCAGCCUGGUCGCGGGGGAACUCACUGUCCAAGUCACCCGCGAAGGCGAGCAUGUGGAUGCGCACGCCGGGCAUGCGCAUGGCCAUCAUCAUGGACAUGACCACCAUGCCCACGACCAUGCCCACGACCAUGCCCACAGCCAUGGCCACAGCCACGGCCACAGCCAUGCCCACGACCAUGUCCACGACCAUGUCCACGACCACGCCCAUAUGCACGGACACGAUCACGGGCAUAGUGAUCAUGCGCACACCCAUGACCACGCGCAUGGCUCGCAUGGCCACGGCCACACCCAUGACCACCAUGGCCAUACGCACGACUACGACCACCACGACCACAGUCACGGGCACGAGCCGGUACACGAUCACUCCCACUCCCACUCUCAUAUCCAAACGGCCGACUCCCCCGCGGAUCUGUCCUACGACUACUCCCACGACUCGGUGGUAGUCCGUUCGCCCUCGCGUGCUCCCUCAGCGAGCCCCGCGCGGCUGUCACCGUCGUACGCGACCCCACUGCCGUCCGUGCAGAUCGAUACCCCCCCUUCCUAA